AUGACCGCCCGAACCGAGAUCGAACACAGAAACCUCUACUACAAGCGGAGGUCCUCGUGCAGCGGACUCUACAAAUCGGAGCCGAUCAAAGUGAGUUUCGCCGAAUGACGACACUUUGCGAGCGAUUCCAGAAACCUUUGAGUCUCUUGUUAUCAGUUGAUCAAAAAUUGAUAACUUCACUGGGUGAACGUGAUCAUCACGAUCUUUUCAGGCGAGAUGUGCCACUUCGGCCACUAUGGAAGGGGAAACGAGUGCGGCCCGCGAGGAAGAGAUGAUCCGAUCGAGACCGCCCGGCAGGAGGAUCAAGUCGACGAGUGUGUGUGUCGGGUCCCUCCAGUUGGAGGGCGAACGACGACUGACCAGUCAGCCGCCGCGGACCCUCAAUGACUUCCAGUUUCUCAAUCCGGAAUUGCUCACCAUUCAGAACUACGAGUUACAGACGAUCAGGUAAUUCUUCGAAAACGGUCCCUCCAAGUCUUGAUUUGAUUGAUUCCAGACCGCCCGCACUUUCCACGUCAGAAAUAUUCUGUGAGCCUCCGCCGGUCUACAUUUACCGAGUGAUUCCGCCUCAUGAAAGUGAGCCGAUCUUUGAGAACUUUCCAAUAAAACAUUACUGCAGGAAAUGCUGUUUCUAAAAAGCCGCCGAACAAAGUGCUCGAGUACAUGAAGCGACGGAAGCACACUCUCAUCGCCUGGUCGUUUGGAAUAUUCGCCAUUUGCCUCUGCACAGUUGUCAUUGUUCUUCAGUGCCGAUCGGAUUUCAAAUGA